AUGGCUCAUCCACCAUCAUAUGAGGACGCAAUCGCAGAUGUGGAUGUUGUCCAACUUGUAUGCCAUUACUUUGAUGAUACAUGCUUAGUCAACAGUUCUCGUGUAUGUACCAAAUGGCACAGUACCAUGAAUAGAAGACUAUGGCGGGACCCAUUCGCAUUCGUCGCCAGUCGUCCACAUCCAUUUCGUAAUGCAAUGCAACUUAUACGCAAAAUUAAAGAAAUACCAGUCGAAAGAACCGCGCGCACUCUCAGAUUCGUUAUGGCUCUGGAUUUCCGGCCGCUACUAGCACUUGGAAAUGAUCCUGCUCAUAAUGAAAGUUUUCAACAUUACGAAAUGUAUUUCAGUACGCGAACAGCCGUGAUGUGCUCCACCUAUCUACCAAAUUUACGUUUUCUUUACCUUGCAGGUCUGCAGGUUAUUGAUCGUGACAGACCCUUGUGGCAGACGGAGGAUCGAGUCGACAGACCGCGUCAAUUAUUGCUUCUAGAUGCUCGCGGUGUUCGCGCAUUGAAUUGCGGAUUAAUACCUCAGCAUAAUGCUUUUGGUAAUUUGAUGUUUGUCGAUUUAUCUUAUACCAUCCGUCCCGAAGGGUUCCAACGGAUCUUCUCUGGGGGUCGGUUCCUAAACUUGAGGGUGUUGAAGUUGCGAGGGCUCAAAUUGACAGACUCAAUGCUUCCGGAUAUUAUACUUCGAAGUGGUCAUCGAUUAUGGAGUCUAGAUAUUCGGGAUAAUCUCUUGACAGUUGCCGGCGUCCAACAAUUGAUAGACAAUUGUCUACAACCAUUACCACCGCAGCUAAACGAUGUUACUAGCCUGGAGCUCGUCGAAGCUGCUCCGAAAUACGAGCGAGAUAUUACGCUAGACCAUCAAAGUCAGACCGAGAGACUUUCGAUAGCGUGUCGGCCUGAUGACGAGGCGAGCUUUACGAGAUAUCUCAAUGUCAGAGGCAAUCUUUUGCAACCACUGGGAUAUGUGCUUGACGAAAAGGAUGAUCUUUUGAAGGCCACUGGAUUAACAAAUCUACACAUUUCAGGAAACAAGCUCAAUGCUUCCGCAGUCGACAUAAUUUUGCCGUAUAUGGUUCACCUUAAGGUACUCGACGUCGCAUCCAUUCGUGUCCAUCCCUCACAGUCAGGGAGGAAAUACUCUUAUCUCACCACGACACAGAACACCCUGCCACUAAUCCAAAGUUUAGGGUGCUGCACGGAGUUUCUGCGCAUUCAUCACUCAGCCGUGACCGGUACUAAUACUCCAAUAUUUUCAUUGUCAUCCUUAAAGUACUCUCUUGCAUAUCUCAGAGAUGCUGAGAAAGCAAAAAUGGCAGGGAAGCAGAAGCUCUUUCUUCCGCGUGACAAUUAUCAUCUCCGUCACCUUACGCUUACCGAUAUUCCAACCAAAUCAUUCGGUCCGGUCAUUCACAGACUUAUCGACUUCUUAAAUGAUUGCGUUGCUCAAGAGCGUGUGCUCCGUGACGCCGCACACUCAGUGGGGCUCAGGCACCGUCGUGCACCAAAACUACUAUCCGGUCUUCACACACUAAGACUCGAGUUUAUGGCGGAAGAUACAGGAUUAUCGAAUCAGAGCGUGGGUUCAGCGAGUGAAGACCAUGACGCUGACGGCUUCUUACGAGAAUCCGAAAAGGACUUUUCAUUCUUUGACGAUAAUCAGCCGCGCUCCGUACCGGUUAUCAAAGAAGAAUUUGUACAUGAUGUUUUGGGUACGAUCAAACGUUGGAGAAAAUACAGUAUCCACAAGUGGGCCGGAAAGUUGGAAAUUGAUUUGCCUCAUGGGUGA